AUGCGUUUGAGUCUCUCGCUUGCAAUUUUGGGAGGACUCAGCCUCAUUCCCACCGCAUGCUCUUCACCUCUCCUCCUACAAACACCCGAAACAACAUCUUCAUACACCAAGAAAAGAGCUAGUAAUGACUACGGAUUCGACAGCGUGGCUCUUGCCCUAAACACAGAUUUCCCUGACCCGGCUUUCGUCCAGCAUACGAACGGAUCUUGGUACGCCUUUGGCACCAAUGGGAAUGGCGAGCGAAUUCAAGUUGCGUAUUCGGCCGAUUUCAAGUCAUGGAGUCUACUAUCCGGUGUGGAGGCGCUUCCUACGCUGUCUGGCUGGGAGACGGAGGUAGAUCAUUGGGCACCUGAUGUAUUUCGUCGGAAUGACGGCAAAUACGUCAUGUACUAUUCCGCCAUCGCGCAGGAAAACACAAACCGUCACUGCAUCGGCGUCGCCAUAGCCGACGGCGACAGUCCGGCGGGCCCUUACAUACCAACCUCGGACAGUCCACUCGCCUGCCCGCUCGACCAAGGUGGCGCAAUUGACGCCAGCAACUUCCAAGACGAAGACGGCACACGAUACGUACUCUACAAAGUCGACGGAAACAGCGUCGGCCACGGCGGCGACUGCAACAACAGCCAGGAGCCUCUUGUGCCCACCCCGAUUAUGAUCCAGCAGGUCAAAGAAGACGGGCUCACGCCGGUGGGUGAUGCGAUCCAGAUCCUCGACCGGGACGAGUCUGAUGGGCCUCUGGUCGAGGCCCCGUCGUUGGUUAGGUCGGAUGAUGGCAUGUACUUGCUUUUCUAUUCGACGCAUUGCUUCACGGAUGUGAAGUAUGAUGUGCGCUAUGCGACUGCUUCCACCGUCACUGGGCCGUACACGAAAAAGGGGAAUUCUCUGCUGGCUUCGAAUGAUGCGCUUUACGGGCCUGGUGGAGCAACUGUACACGGUAGUGGCAAUAUUCUCUUUCAUGGCUGGUGCAAUGAUAACUCCGUGAGGUGUAUGUAUGCUGCUCACGUUGAUAUUGAUGGAGGUGCGGUCACUGUUGAAUAA